AUGCCCAUCACAAUUCACAACCCGCAGCCAAGCGCACCGGCACCGCGACGGCCGCGUGCAGUGGACAUCGAUAUGGACGUUCCCUCAGAUUCAGAUUCAGACUCAGAAAUCGGCGACGAGAUUCUCACUCCUGGAACAGUAAUCACGUCGAAUUCCCAAUGGAUGCGCGGUCACGGUACCUACGUCCCUCCAAACACCACAUCCAUCACUUCAUCUCUCGCCGGCACCCUCACUCGCACCAACAAGCUGCUCUCGGUGCGUCCCCUGAGGGCGCGCUACAACCCUGAGAUCGGUGACCUCGUUGUCGGCCGCAUCGUCGAGGUCCAGGCCAAGCGCUGGCGUGUCGAUGUCGCCGCCGCCCAGCUUGCCAUUCUCCAGAUCUCUGCCAUCAACCUCCCAGGCGGCAUCCUCCGCAAGCGCACUGAGACAGACGAGCUCCAGAUUCGGAGUUUCUUUGCAGAGGGCGACCUCCUCGUCGCUGAGGUGCAGCAGCUGCAUCAAGACGGCGCUGCGAGCUUGCAUACUCGUAGUUUGAAGUACGGAAAGCUGAGAAACGGUGUGUUCGUCGCCGUCGGCGGCACUGGAGGCGGUGGCGGUGUAGUACGUUCCAAGCGCCAGCUAUGGACCAUGGAGACUUCCAACGGAGGUAGCAAGAUCGACGUCCUGCUUGGCGUCAACGGCUACAUCUGGAUCAGCAAGCAUAUUGAGAGCGAUGUCUCCGCCGAGGCGGCGGGUAUCAACCGUAUGGAGGAAAGCGUCAGCUCUCAAAUCUACUCGAGCCAAAACAACCCCAUCGACGUACCCACAAUGAGGGAGAUUGCGCGGUGCAGAAGUGUAAUCACUGCCCUGGUGGAGAACGGGGUCAAGGUGGACGAAGAUACUGUUACAAGGGGGUAUCACGAGGCGGUUGAGUUUGGAAGAGAGUCCGCAGACGACGACAUUUACUUAGGAGGAGAGCGAGGGAAAAGGCUAGCCGCAGCGUUAUCCGGGCGAUAG